AUGGCCGACUCCGGGAAGAUCACCAUCUCCAUCGACCGCGGGGGUACUUUCACCGACGUUCACGCCAUUGUGCCUGGCCGUUCGGAUAUCAUCUUGAAGCUCCUAUCAGUCGACCCUUCUCACUAUCAGGAUGCACCCACAGAAGGCAUUCGUCAAAUUUUGGAGCUCGCCACAGGCGAGCCACACCCCCGUGGCCAACCAUUGAAGCUCGACCGCAUUGGCUGCCUCCGAAUGGGCACGACUGUUGCCACCAAUGCAUUACUUGAGCGCAAGGGUGCUCGAUCAGUACUAUUAACCACCAAAGGAUUCCGGGAUCUGCUCAAAAUCGGCGACCAGUCCCGCCCGGCCAUCUUUGACCUGUCCAUGGCCCGACCGGGAGUGCUGCCAGAGGGCGUUGUUGAAGUCAACGAGCGAGUGGUUCCAUGCCAUCCUUCUGCUGACAAGGACUGCUUCUCUGGAGCCCGCCUUGUGGAGGGGGUUACUGGCGAGAAGUUCCGCGUAGUGCAGGAGUUGGACCUUGCCCAGGUGCAGACAGAGCUCCAGCGCCUCAAGGAGCAAGGCUACCAGUCCCUCUCCGUGGCUCUAGUACAUUCGUUUGCCUAUCCCGAUCACGAACGCAAGAUUGGAGAGCUUGCGGAGCAGAUGGGCUUUUCUGUUACAUUAUCUUCCAAACUGCAGCCCAUGAUCAAGAUUGUGCCCCGCGGCAUGUCCGCCGCAGCCGAUGCAUACCUGACCCCUGUCAUUAAGACUUAUAUCGACUCCAUUUCGGCCAGUUUUGAAGGUGGGUUGGAAAGCCAGCAAGCCUGUCGGUUUGAAUUUAUGCAAUCAGACGGUGGACUAGUCGACUUCCGCAAAUUCAGUGGCCUGAAGGCAAUCCUAUCCGGACCUGCUGCUGGAGUGGUGGGUUUUGCGGCAACGAGCUGGGAUUCCGCCGAGAAAAUCCCCGUUAUUGGCUUCGACAUGGGUGGCACAUCCACUGAUGUCUCUCGGUUCGAUGGUCACUUGGAACACGUCUUCGGAUCCAAAGUCGCUGGUGUUCUGAUCCAAUCUCCCCAGCUUGAUAUCAACACGGUCGCUGCCGGCGGUGGCUCUAUUCUCACAUGGCGCAAUGGCCUCUUCUACGUUGGACCCGAAUCAGCCAGUGCCCACCCUGGGCCAGCGUGCUACCGGAAAGGUGGCCCUUUGACUGUGACGGAUGCCAAUCUGUUUCUGGGUCGACUACUGCCCGAGUACUUCCCGCACAUCUUCGGUCCCAACGAGGACCAGCCGCUGGACACCGAGACUACAGCACAGAUGUUCCACGAGCUGACCCAAAAGAUCAAUGUGGAGCGCCGCCACCAUUUCCAGCCAGAAUAUACCGCAGAGGAAGUUGCCCUGGGGUUCCUCAAGGUCGCAGACGAGUCUAUGGCUCGGCCAAUUCGUAAUCUCACAGAAGCUCGAGGCUUCGAGACCGCAUCUCACCACUUGGCCUGCUUUGGAGGCGCUGGUGGCCAGCAUGCGUGCUCAGUUGCGGCCUCUCUAGGCAUCUCGCGCAUUAUCAUUCACAAAUAUUCCUCGGUUUUAUCCGCAUAUGGGUUGGCCCUGGCGGAAGUUGUCAAAGAGUCACAGGAGCCGGUGUCUGCAGACUAUCUUUCCUCUCAUUCGGACCUCCUUCAACGAUUUGAUGAUAUGGCCGCGGCUGCAACAACAGAGAUGCAAGAACAGGGAUUCCCAUCUAGCCAAGUGCGGCAUGAGCAGUACCUGAACAUGCGGUACGAAGGUUCAGACACAAGUUUAAUGGUCUUACGGCCAGAAGGAUCGUCUGACUUCCUAGCUGAAUUCCGAGAGCGCCACCGCCGCGAAUUCAAUUUCAACUCCGAACGAGCCGUUCUUGUUGAUGACAUUCGUGUGCGCACUAUCGCUUCUUCCAAAGUCCGCACGGAGCGCAGCCCUCUCUUCCAGCUCAAGGAAGCCAGUAUGCACGAUGUGACGACGAAGCCAGCCAACUCGACCCCUGCUUAUUUCGAUGGAUUCUCCAAGCGUAUCGACACCCCCGUGUAUCUGCUUGAUCAAUUGAAGAAGUACAGUCGCAUCAUCGGACCCGCCGUCAUCAUUGACCAGACACAAACGAUCGUUGUUGCCCCUGAUGCAGUUGCAAACCUGCUGGAAACCUGCAUUGUCAUCGACCUCCAGGACAAGCCGACCGUCUCUACAUCGGAGACCCAAAUCACUUCGGAGAUUGACCCCAUUCGUCUCAGUAUCUUUGGUCACCGGUUCAUGUCCAUUGCUGAGCAGAUGGGACGAACUCUCCAAAAGACCUCCGUGUCCACUAACAUCAAAGAGCGAUUGGAUUUCUCUUGCGCUCUAUUUUCUCCUGAUGGAGGGCUUGUGGCAAAUGCCCCACACGUCCCGGUGCACUUGGGAUCGAUGCAGUUCGCUGUGCGCUACCAGCAUCAGAAGUGGCUGGGUAAUUUGAAGGAUGGAGACGUGCUGGUGGCUAAUCACCCUAGCUGUGGCGGCACCCAUUUGCCUGAUAUCACGGUUAUUACUCCCGUCUUUGAUCGGCCUGGUGGUACUGAGAUCAUGUUCUACGUCGCAUCGCGUGGGCAUCAUGCCGAUAUUGGCGGCAUCCUGCCUGGUUCCAUGCCUCCCAAGUCAACCGAGUUGUGGCAAGAGGGUGCUGCCAUCGAAGGCGACAAGAUCGUCAGCAACGGAGUUUUUGAUGAAGCGCGCCUGAUCGAAUUGCUAGUUACCAAACCCUCUCAACAUCCUGGUUGUUCUGGUGCACGCUGCAUCAGUGACAAUUUGUCUGAUCUCAAGGCACAGAUUGCCGCCAACACUCGAGGCAUCAGCUUGAUCCAGGCCCUCUUCGCCGAGUAUGGAGUUGAAACAGUUCAAAAGUAUAUGUACGCCAUCCAGGCUACUGCUGAGACGGCUGUCCGAAAUCUCCUUAAGGGGCUGUACCAGAAAUUUGGUGGCCAGCCCCUGAAAGCGGUGGAUUACAUGGACGACGGUACACCCAUUUGCCUCAAGGUCACCAUUGAUGGCUCCAAUGGAUCCGCUAUCUUCGAUUUUGAGGGCACCGGCCCCGAAGUGUAUGGCAGCUGGAAUGCCCCCAUCGCCAUUACCCACUCGGCCAUCAUCUAUUGCCUGCGGUGCAUGAUCAACGCCGAUGUUCCUUUGAACCAGGGCUGCCUGGCCCCUAUUGAUAUCCAGGUCCCUUCACCCAGCAUCCUGUCACCAACUAAAACGGCAGCCGUUGUGGGAGGCAAUGUAGUCACCUCGCAGCGCAUCACCGAUGUUGUCUUCAAAGCUUUCCGGGCCUGUGCUGCAUCCCAGGGUUGCUGCAAUAAUUUGACCUUUGGCACCAACCCCAAGCUUGAUCCUAGUACAGGAGAAGUGAUCACUCCAGGAUUCGGAUACUACGAGACUAUUGCAGGUGGCAGCGGUGCUGGCCCCUCCUGGCGGGGUGAGUCUGGUGUUCAGGUCCAUAUGACCAACACCCGCAUCACGGACCCCGAAAUUCUCGAGAAACGCUAUCCGACCCUGCUCCGCCAGUUCACGCUGCGGGACGGAUCUGGUGGUCGAGGCAAAAACCCCGGUGGAGAGGGCGUAGUGCGUGAUAUCGAAUUCCUCGCUCCAAUGCAGUGCUCUAUUCUGUCCGAGCGGCGUGUACACCGGCCUUACGGAUUGGAAGGCGGCGAAGAUGCACAACCGGGUCUGAACCAGUGGAUCACAAAGGACACUGAGACUGGCGAAGAGCGACGGAUCAAUAUUGGCGGCAAGAAUACUGUCUCGGUGAAGACACAUGACCGCGUGGUUAUCAUGACCGCCGGCGGUGGUGGAUGGGGUGCAGUCGAGGCGGCCGUGUGA